GAGGAGCUCGGCUCUUACCACCUCUCACUUCUCGUCACAGUCGGACUUGGACUCUGGGGUUUGCCCACUGCCAGAGUCUGGUCUCUGACUUUCUCCUAUUUUUGGCAGAUUCGCCCUCAGCAGGGUCUGCGCCCCGCCGCCGCCGCCGGGAUGAAGCUGGUGCCGGUCGCCCUGGUGUACUUGGGCUCGCUCGCCUUCUUCGGCGCAGAAGCCGCGCGACUCGACGUGGCGUCGGAGUUCCGAAAGAAAUGGAAUAAGUGGACUCUAAGUCGUGGGAAGAGGGAUCUGCAGGUGGCCAGCAGCUCUUCCACCGCUCUCGCUGCUGUGAAGGACGCGCCAGCUCAGACCCUCGUGCAACUCCAGGACGUCAAGGACACCUCUGCCAGCCUCCAGACCAGCAAUCCCGACGCCUCCCGCAUUCGAGUCAAACGCUACCGCCAGUCAAUGAACAACUUCCAGGGUUUGCGAGGCUUCGGCUGCCGCUUUGGGACCUGCACGGUGCAGAAGUUGGCGCACCAGAUCUACCAGCUAACAGACAAGGACAAGGACGGCACUGCCCCCAGAAACAAAAUCAGCCCCCAGGGCUACGGGCGCCGGCGCCGGCGUUCGCUGACCGAGGCUGGCCCGGGUCGGGUCCCGGGCUGGACUUGGCUGUCCCUGAAUCGGAAGGCACGCAGCGCUCCAGCCUCCCGGGAGCAGCAAGUCCUUGCCGCCUUCCUCCGGAUGUAAGCGCCAGGGGCCGCAGAACCGCAGCGCCAGCCCGGCAGCCCGCUGGGGACUGAGACCGUCCCGCAAAGACCCCAGCCGAGGAGGCACCGCCUGGCAGCGAGUCCUGGCUUCGCAGGGGUCGCUUUUCCUCUUGGGCUCCUUUCACCUGGAUCUGGCCUCCCCCCUCCCUUAACCCACCCCCGGGGGGGCGGGGGGGCUGAGGAACUCCAGGCUCUCUCGGAGAGGAGAAACUGAGAACGAAAAACGCAGAGCCUCCGGGGCAGGGGUCUGAGCCAUUGCCAUGCCCGCUCACCCACAAACUGGUUUCUCAAGGGGAGUCACCCCAUCCAUCGGGCACGAGCCUCGCGAUUACUUGAACUUCCCAAAACCUAGAGAGGAAAAGUGCAAUGCGUGUUGUACAUACAGAGGUCACUAUCACUAUUUAAGUUUGUGAUUGUUAACGUGUUUCCUAACUCCCAAUAUAGAGCUAUUUUUGUACGGUGUAUAUUGUAUUAAGGGCAUUUUAAAGCAACUGUAUUUACUCCCUCCCCGUUUUCAUAGAAUGUCUCAGUGAAGUGUAACGUUGUUGGCUGUGUAGUUCGUGUGUCUGUGCGUGUGGAAACCAGAGACUGGUAAAUGGGUGAUACGCGAAAUAGCAAACCAAUAAACUGUCGUAUCUCUCU